AUGGCCAAGCCGGUGCCGAUACAGCCGGGGCCGGUACACGGCGGCGUGGCAAUCGCACCGAACAUGGGCGCGCGGAAGGCCGGCGGCGGCGGGCUGACGAUCCGCACGUCGCGCCACUGGGUGCUGCCGCCGCGGCCGAAGCCGGGGCGCAAGCCCAGCUACGCGGCGGCGGGCGCGGUGGAGGCGGAGCGUAAGAAGAGCGGGGGGCGGCGGUCGACGAAGGCGGUGCUGCGCAAGGAGAUCCAGCAGCUGCGGCUAGAGAACGUGAAGCUGAAGAAGGAGCUGGAGCGGCUGGUGGCGAGUCUGCAGGAGCUGAAGCGGCGGUUCACGAGCGUGGGGCUGCCGGAGACGCCGGCGGCGGACAUCGCGACGCCGGUGAGCCUGGGCGCGACGCCGGAGGCGUCGAAGAAGCGGGUGUACAUCGAGGACUCGACGGACGCCUUCCUGAAGUUCGAGGACGAGGAAGGUGGAGAGGUACCGGCGCUGACGACAGCGUGCAUGGCGCAGUCGCUGUCGCUGGGCUCGCGCGCGAGCUUCACGGACGAGGAGGACUUCGGCUCGACGCCGUCGUCGCUGUUCUCGAGCGACCUGCAGAACCUGUCUGCGGGCGUGGUCUGCAGCGCGCUCGCACAGCACGUUGCGCACUCGCCGCGCGCGAUGCACAGCGGCAGUCCGUCGUCGUCGACGUCGUCGACGCUUUCCAAAUCUGUGCCGGCAGGAGCAGGGAUAGAGGCUGGCCCAGCCCCUGCGCUCAUGGCUUUGGAGACGCUGACGUUCCUGGAUAACUACGAGCGCUCAGAGUUCUACAGCAAGCACACCAGCACGCUCCUGAGCAGGACGUCCACGGCGGCGACGCCCGAGGAGCAGAGUCAGCUGAUGCUGCCUCUGCUGUCGGUCGGGGAGGAGCCGCCGCUGCAGGCCAUUCGGGAGGAAGACGACCUGGUGCGGGAUCCGGCCGCGGACACGGCAUCGUUCCAACUAUCGGCGGAGGACGAGCAAGAGACAGAUGGAACCAGCAUUUUAAAUUUUUUGAAGACACAUAUGGCCGAACAGGAGGUGGCCACCGAGAAACAGCGCUACGAGCCUCCCGUGCUCCCGGCCCAGGAUCUAGACCGAUGGACGGGAUAUAAUGACCCCUUGCAACUUAUGGAAAAACGGGAUCUGGGCCAGUUCAUAGCGCCCUCCCUUGAAGAGCUGAUGGAGGAGCAAGACGAUUGCGACCGCGAUUCCAAGCUGCUGGGGCCACUAAACUACGAUGCCGAGCCGGUGGGAGGCGAUUCCUAUGGAGAUUAG